AUGGUCUGCGAUGUCGCGUCAAGCUCGUUGGACUACGGUGACGACCAAGUGGCGACUGUCCCAACCGAUGCCCAGUGCGCGGCAAGGGAAUUUCUUGUCAACUGGUCCUCGCCGUUAGACGAGCGAGAUGUCGAGGUCAGCGAAGUUGGAGAGCCUAUUGAAACCUUGGGGAGGUAUGUCAUUCAGCGCCACGGGAGGACUGAAUACGAGCUCAAGAAGUGGAAGAACUCGAUCAGGUCUAUCAUCGCUACGUCCCUCGAGGGACGUAACGCGGGUGGUAAGAUCACAGAUCAGGUUCGGUCAUUCCGCUUCGAGAAUCGCUUCAAUUCCGAAGCGCUUGAAUUCCUCGAAAAGGUCUUGGCAACCUUCAGCUUAAAGGAGUACGAUGUGGUUUCCGUCGACAACGCCGUUGCACCGCCGCUCGGCCCAAUGUCAGAUUAG